AUGUUCAAAAGAAGUGACAGACGGUAUCUGGGACAUGAGACUCCUGAGUUUUUCUUAAAUUUUUUUAAAUGCUUUUUUCCGUUACGUCUUUAUGUUUCUUUCUUUCUUUUUCUUUCUUUUUUCUUCUUUUCAUGUUUUCUUGCUUUAUCCUUUUUCUUUCUUUUUUCUUUCUUUCUCUCUUUCUUUCACACUUUCGUUCUUUCUUUUUUCUUUCUUUCGUAUUUUCUUGAUUUCUCUCUUUCUUUCUUUCUUGCGUUCUUUCCUUCUUGCUUUCUUUCUUUCUUUCUUUCUUGCAUUCUAUCUUUCUUUCCCUCUUUCUUAACAUUUGAAUUAUUUUAUCUUUUCUUUAAUUCUGACCCACUCAUUUUGUUUUCCUUUCUUUCCUUCAUUCUUUCUUUCUAUCUUAAGGUUUUAAUUCAUUCAUCAUUUUUUUUCAUUAUUAAACAACCCAACAUUCACAUUCUUUCUUUCUUUUUUCUUAACAUUUCAAUUCAUUCACACCUUCUUUCUUUUUUUUUUAUUUCCUUUCUUCCUUUUUUACUUCCUUCCUUCCUUCCUUUCUUCCUUCCUUCCUUCUGUCUUAAUCCUUCUUUCUUAAUCUUCGACCUUUCCUUUCUUUCUUUCUUUCUUUCUUUCUUUCUUUCUUUCUUUCUUUCUUUCUUUCUUUCUUUCUUAACAUAUUUAAUUAACUCAUCCUUUCCAUAA